AAAAGCCACCGUCUUCUUCUCUCUACUUUCCCCGUUCAUAGUGGCAGUUCAGUUACAGUCAUAAUACCGGAACGAGUCCAUGCUGCGGACCUCUGUGCAAUUUCAGUAUUUUAAGGUGUGGUUUCCGUCCCUGGCGCAGAACUUUCGCAGACACCAUGGACGAUCUAUCAACCAAGAAGUGUGUGCCAUGUAAUGCCAAGGAUCUGAGACCUAUGUCAGAUGAUGCUGCACAUAAAUUGAUUUCUCAGGUAACUGGAUGGAAUUUGGUCACUAAAGAUGGCACGAUGAAGCUGCAGCGCACUUGGAAAGUAAAGACGUUCUUGAAAGGGUUGGAGUUGUUCAAACUUGUGGCUAAUGUAGCUGAAGCAGAAGGACACCAUCCAGAUCUUCAUCUUGUGGGAUGGAACAAUGUGAAGAUUGACAUUUGGACACAUGCCGUGGGUGGACUGACAGAAAAUGAUUUCAUUCUCGCCUCAAAGAUCAAUGGGCUUGAUCUACAACAGCUCCUAAGCAGGAAAGCAGGAAGCAAUUGAUAGAGAAGUAUAUAGUUUGUGAAUGUAAAGCAGUUGGUCACCUCUUUGGCAUUCUGCUGCUUGUUCAGAUUGGUUUUCUCAGGAAUCCCUUAAAAUUUAAUCUUCUGAGAGGCAAAACUUUCUUGAACCUCUUCUGGUGUUUGCUCUUUACAUUUUUUUUUGUUUCUGUCCCAACUUGAGCUUCUUGUCGCAGUUUUUUGCAUUACAUUGCUAGAAGUUCAAGCCACGAUUCUGAUUUUAAUGUGUAUGGCCGCAUGGGUGAUAAGAUAAUAGACAAGGGCAUGAAUUGACUGAAAACCAAAAGAAAACCUCUUCUCUCUAUAUGGAAUUGGCAAUGAUCUCUAUUCUCGGCUCCUUCAUAAAUCAGCGAUCAAGGUUAUCAGCCACACAAAACAGCCAUAACUCUGAAACAGUGAUAACCCCAUCAGAAUUCAUCAAACAAUACACAGAAAAAAAAAAUGGCAGUAAUUACAGUAUAUUAGAGUUCAUCAUGAUACAAGCAGCAGCCUCAAUCAGUUUACUUCUUGUUUCCUUUCUCCCACUCAGAUGGCAUCCUUUCAGCUGUUCAGGCAGUCCGAACCAUCAUGUUGUAGUCCUCAGCUCUUGAGUAAGAUCCUUGAUGCCAAAUGUUACAUUUGGAAAGCUUCCACUUUUAUACAUCAGCUCACUAGGGGCUUGCUCUUGGAAAUUGAUUUGUCACAAUUCAGCAGUAGCAUCCUGGAGAAAUGACAAGAAGUCACUUCAAUCGGGCAUUAAAUGCUCAGAAAGAUAUUGUAUGACGCUUUGCUGUUACUAUUCUUUCAAGUGGAAAAAAACGUUCAAAGGAUUAUGCAUGCAUACAAGUGAAAGAAAGCUGGUACUCUGUUAAGCUUUUGACACGGGCGAUGUUACAGUUACAACAAAGAAGAGCAUCUUCAGUUUUGGUUUGAUGGAAAGAAAAUGACUACUACACUAGCUUCUCAUUGUACACAACAGGUUGCUACGGGUUAAACGGCGACACAUUGCCUCCGACUCUCCUGAUCUUUCACAUUCUCAGACCAAUUGAAGUAGAUUUAACAUCUAAUUUUCCUCCAUCAAUAACUAAAACUGUAAUAUAACACAUCUGUAAAAAUGUGUAGUGCAUCUACCGUUAUGAUCCCGGAAGCAUGUGUUAUCAACUUAAAGAAAUCCAAACAAGCUCUCUUCGCCAUUUCAGACUAGAGUCUUCGUAGCAAAAUUAACUUAGAAUGUAAUGACAGGUACUUGUAGCAUUAUGCAAGCAUUCUCCCGUAAAUUCAAUGUGUAGUUAAGACCAGAUUGAUACCAUAAUACAAAUCAAAACUGAUCCACUUUGUGAGGAUAAUAUUUUCAUGAAAUUUACAUAUGGCUGGUACAAGUUGAGUUUACCAGAGUUCAGACAAUGUUGAGAUCUCUCACCACAAGGUGAUGCUCCCUACACCCAACAGGUAUUUCAUCGUCAUGUGUAACUUUACCCAUGAGCAAUGAACAAAAACUCUGAAAACCAACAACCACCUCGUCGCUGCUCAUUUCUCUGGGAUCAAUCAAUUAUGUUAAACAGGAGUACUCUAGUUCUACAAUUGCCAUCGGACUUGUUCAUAUUGAAAGAGUUUUUUGCCUCAAUGAACCAACCAACCAUGUUAAACAUCUGAACCUUACAUCCUAAAUGAAAUUAAGAGUAGCUGUAAACUAAUUACUUGUUAAAUUCUCAGAUUACUUCCCUGGUAGAAUUGCAUAGAAAUCUUCAUAAAGCCUCAGCAUUAUUUCCAGAUUUGACAGGUCAAAGUACAGCCAGAGCAUAUCUAACCAAGUUUUAUAUGAUACAAGACACCAAGAAAAACAACCUCCAUAUGCUAAAAGAGAAUCUACCGCCUACUUCAAUACAAAAUUGCUGUUUGAUUUCAACACUAACAUUAUGAUUCCAAAAGCAACUCACAGGCUGUUUAAGUUAAUCAAACACCAAAAUUCUCCUACUUGGUAUAAUCAAUCAUUAGGAGUUACUAAUCAAAGUCAGAUCAAACUGCAAAUAUGGCAGCUCAAAUACCUUUCAUACUCUUAAGACAAAGCCAAUACCUGAAACAAAACUCUCAUCUUGAAAUUGGUUUCUGCAGCAAGGCAGUCAAAUAAACCUCUCCAUUCUUCAAUCCACUAGAAUCUGUCUUAUUGGUAACUGCCCACUUUACCUUCUUGUAACCCAACUUUCCAAUCAAGGGUGUAUAAACCUUCACAAGAUCCAACCUUUUACUGAAGAAAUGAUCCAACCAUAGGUAUCCUCCAGCUCUCAACACUCUAUCGACAUCGAAAAACAAGAAUUCCAUGGCAGUCAAAGGGAUCCACCGGUUCACUCCAUGCCCACACCUCACUAGAUCCACCACCCCAUCAAAUACUGGCAACCUCUGCUGCAAUGGAACGUGCAAAGGCAAUAACCCCCUCAGUGCAACUGCCUCAUUGUAAGGUGCCCCAAGGUUCAUAGUGGUGGUUAUAACAGUCACAUUGUGCAACUUCAUUUGAGCAGCAAAUGUACCUGUCCCACCCCCAACAUCAAGUGCAAGCCUAAUAAAACUUCUUGAUGACCUGGAAAGCUGCAAGAGCUGUGAAAUUGGGAGAUCCAGAUCUGUUUUAUACUCCAAGAAUUUAGCUUUCUCCACUUUCAGAUCAAAUCCCAAUUCAGGGCUCAAUUUAGCAAGGCAAGUGAAGCUUUUGCAAUUGCCCUUGCUAUAAUAAGACCAAUUUACAGUGUUAUCCGGGAUGGUGCCAAAAGGGCUGGUAGGAAGUGAAGUGGGAUUGGCAUUGGUGGUUCUGGAAAAGCAGCGCCGCCGUGGCAGAGGGUGGCAACCACGGAGGAUGAGGGAUUCAGCUAGAGGGGAAUCACUAGGACAGAGACUAAAAGGGGUGUAAUUCAUGUACUGAUACAGUAGCUCAGGAUAGUCUUUACAGGAAGAAGCAAUAGGGGAAAUGUGAGUGUAAGUGAGGAGAUCAGAAGGGAUUUUGGGGCGGGACGCCUUGGCACCGGAGGUGGAAGGGUUGGAGGUCUGCUGGAGGCGCGUGAGGUGGCUUAUGGUGGCGCGUAUGGUUUGAAGUUGGCGUACGAGGUGGUCGGGAACAGGGGGAGGAGCAGGGGGUUUGGAUUGGAGGUUGGAAGAGAGGUGGUAGAGUGAAAGUAUGUUGGUGGCCACCAUUGCUAACAACAGAAUCAUGUUCAAACCCAUUGUGAAUCCCAUUUUGGUGUACAAAGAUCUGUUCUUUUUUGGCUUCUGUAGCUUCUGGCUUUUUACUUCCUUCAAUUCUUCAGCGGAGGAAAAAUAGUAUAGAUCCAAGCUAAAACUCGAUGCCUACUAAUGAUUGAACAAGAUCCGUUUUCUGGUCCUAAUCUCUGCUCUUUUCUACUAUCAGUUAGUAUUUAGUAAUAUAAAAACAACAGGAUGAAUGCGAACGUGAAGCGUAAUGUACAGUUUACAUAGAUUCUGCUUACUAAGGAAAUCUGAGAUUCUAGUUGAGUUGACGAAUGACGAUAGCUCAAUUAUGGAGGCAAAUCAAACCCG